GGGGCCCCGAGGCGGCAUGAGCGGCGCCCGGCGCGCGAGCUGGCUGGCGGCCGGCCUCAUCCUAGGGGCGGGCGCCUGUUACUGCGUGUACAGGCUGACGCGGGGCCGGCGGCGGGGCGGCCGAGGGCUCGGUCCGCGCCCCGCGAGAUCGGCAGAAGACCUCACUAGUGGUUCCUAUGAUGAUGUUCUAAAUGCCAACCAACUUCAGAAACUGCUUUACCUGCUCGAUUCCACCGAUGACCCUUUCAUUACAGAGAGAGUUUUGGUCACUCUGGGUAACAGCGCAGCCUUCUCAGUGAACCAAGCCAUUAUUCGUGAAUUGGGUGGUAUCCCAAUUGUUGGAAACAAAAUCAACAGUCCCAACCAGAGUAUUAAAGAGAAAGCUUUAAAUGCACUGAAUAACCUGAGUGUGAAUGUUGAAAAUCAAAUCAAGAUAAAGACGUACGUCCAUCAAGUCUGUGAGGAUGUCCUGGCUGGUCCCCUGAACUCCGCCGUGCAACUGGCCGGACUUAGACUGCUGACCAACAUGACCGUGACCAAUGAUCACCAGCAUCUGCUGAGCAGUUACAUCACAGACCUAUUCCACGUGCUCCUCGCCGGAAACGGAAACACCAAGGUUCAAGUGUUGAAACUGAUUGUGAAUCUGUCUGAAAACCCAGCUAUGACAGAAGGACUUCUCGGUGCCCAAGUGGACUCAGCAUUCCUGGCCCUCUUCGACAGUCACGUGGCAGCGGAGAUCCUGCUCCGAGCACUCACGCUGUUUCAGAACAUAAAUAACUGUGUCAAAGCAGAGGGCCGCCAGGCUCUGAAGCCCACCUUCCCGCAAGGCUCGUUGUUUUCCCUGUUGUACGGAGAAGAAUGCGCCCAGAAAAUGAGAGCUCUGGGGGCUCACCACGACGCGGACGUGAAAGAGAAGGCCGCAGCAAUAACUCCAGCCUUCUGAUGGCCUGGUCCUGCAUUCCUCCCUGCAGCAACACACUCUGGAAGCUUCUUUCCCAUUUGCCUAACAGAUUCUUGAGCUGCCGAACUUGUACAGUAAACAUCCCAUUUCAUCCUCCACACACUGCAGGUUGAGCAUUUCUCAUUUAUCAUGUUCAAAAGAAAGGAAAAAUUCAGAUUCCGGCGUGUGUUAGUGUUCCUGUGAAGCUUAUAUAUUUAAUAAUCAGAAACACACACACACACACUCAGGUCACAAGUAUCUUGGAGAAGUGAUCUUCCACCUGUAUGUGGCCGCAAUCUUCGGGUUUAUUUUGGAUCGUUUUACUGAUGCCCGUUGACUAGAAGAGCUUGCAUGAGUACCGUUAGUUUUUCUUUUGCUUCCUAGUUACAGAGACACUGAUUUUCCCUACAGGAAGGGGCCGUGGCCAUUCUGUGUGUGACGUGCCCUGUAGUGUGGAGUGGUCUGUCCUCCUCCCUCUGAGAGCACUUAGCCUGGGACUAAGUCACGGCUUUACAGCUGCCCAGCAAUGACCUUGUCCUUGGGAAGAAGCAGUGAGAUGCUGAGGAACCCAGCCACACUGCUUUGAAAACGUCUGUUCCCAUCAUGCAAAUGUGAGGACACAAUGAAGGCAUCAAGGAAGACACGACUCUCGGGAGAGAAG